AUGAAUGAAGAGUUAAUCAAUAGCGCCGUCUCCUUCUUGAGGGACCCAAAUGUGGCCUCAGCUGCAUUAACCAAGAAGGUGGAAUUUUUGGAGUCCAAAGGAUUAAACCAGGAGGAAAUUGAAGAAGCGUUGAAACGAGUCAACGAACCUGAAUCAUCAUCGUCGUCGAGCAUUACACCAUCAACUAGUAAUACAACAACUACUUCACUUCAACAGGCACCACAACAGUUGCCUAUUGAUUAUUAUAAUGUGGCUCCUCCUGUACCAGAGAGAUCAUGGAAGGAUUACUUUAUUAUGGCCACAGCAACCGCAGGAGUAACUUAUGGAUUAUAUCAAAUAGUGACCAAAUAUCUUGUACCAUCCAUCAUCCCACCAAGUCAGUCCUCUAUUGAGCAAGACAAGGAAGUUAUUAAUGAAGAGUUUAUUAAGAUAGAUAAGAUUUUGGAACAAUUAACUAAAGAACAAGAGGAGAUUAAAACUGCAAACGAAGAAAAAUUGAAGGAUAUAGAUACAGUAAUCGAAAACAUCAAUGAUUUCCUAGCUAGGUAUAACAGAGAUAAGUUCAAUUUCGAUGAUAAUUUGAAAUUGAUGAGAUUGGAGAUUGACAACUUGAGCAACUCGAUUGAGAAGAAUAUGAAAUUGAAUAAAGAAGAUGUCAAUUAUGAAUUAGUCGGUCUUAAAGAUGAAUUGCAAAGCUUGAAAAAUUUGAUUCAAGUAAGAGGAGCCAGCUCAUCGAGUAGUGGUGCUACUGCAGCUAAUGGAGCUUCCAACAACACUGGUAGAACCAUUGCACCCGUGUCUUCUAUCCCGUCUGCAAGCGAGAUCUUGAAGCGUGCAAAAACCAAGAAUGAAACGCCAGCAACAUCUUCACCAACUACAUUAGCUUCAUCCGCUGCGUCCGCUGCACCGGUAGCUAAGCAAACCACAAGCACUUCUUCCACAGCAUCAACCCCAAAAGACGAAGCAGUUAUACCUGAAGUACCAGCUGACCGUGCUGGUGGCUGGUCAGUAGGUAAAGUAAGCUCAGCUGGAAUCCCUGCAUGGCAAAUGAAACAUAGAGAAGAAGAACUCAAGGAGGGAUCAAGUGGAGAUAAAGAUUUAGCCUCUGUUAUCCCUGCUUGGCAAAAAGAUCAAGCUAAAUCAGAAGCUGAAAUUGACGAUAAAAUCAAGAGUGCAGGAAUACCACCAUGGCAACUACCUCUAGCUGCAAACAAGUCUGAUGAUAAAUCAGAGGAGAAAAACAGUGGAAUCCCUCUGUGGCAGAGUGCUGCAUCUACAACCAAUGUAUAA